ACAAUAUGUCGAACGUUAAAUUAGCUAUAAGAGUUAGGCCAUUCACAGAGAAAGAGAUCAAAUCAGAGAAAGAAAGUGUGCCCGUUGUGAGUGUUAUUGAUGAAAAUACUGUAUCUAUUACUAAUAUAAAGGUAAGCGCUUCAGGCGCAGGCGAUAGUCGCGAACGCGUGCGUCGUUUUUAUGCUGACUACACUCUUGAUAGCGCAUGCGCCACCACGCACCCGAACUACGCUACACAGGAAAAGGUUUUUGACACAGUUGGUCGGCAAGUGCUGAGCAGAAUAUCUCAGGGGCAGUCAGCAUGUGUUUUGGCUUACGGGCAGAGUGCUACAGGGAAGACCCAUACCAUGAUGGGUACGGCCACGCAACCUGGCUUGAUACCACGGAUUUGUAUGGCUUUGGCUGAAACUAGACCCUUCGAUAUCACAGUUAGUUUUUUGGAGAUAUACAACGAGCGAGUGCACGAUCUACUAGCGGGUGAAGUGUUGCCAGUAAAUUCCCUUCCAAGAAGAAAAGGUAAUACUCGCAAAGAUCUUCGUGUCAGGGAACAUCCUACAAAGGGACCCUACGUACAAAAUCUGCGACAAGUGGCGGUUCAUGACGUAGAGUCUCUCUUGACCGUGGUCACAGAAGGAGCCCGAAGACGAAGGACAGCCGCAACUCGGCGUAAUACGUCUUCUUCCAGAUCCCACGCUCUGCUGGAAUUGGUGACCCCUUACUGCAAGCUCCAUCUCGCUGAUCUUGCUGGCAGUGAAAAGUCCGGUUGGGAGGGGUGCGGAGGUCGUCAAAAAGAAGGAGCUAACAUCAACAAGUCGUUAGUUGCGCUGAGCAAUGUCAUAUCGGCCCUGGUAAGUGGAGGCUCUGGCCGCGGCAGAUUCGUUCCCUAUCGCGAUUCAGCGCUGACUUGGCUUCUUAAAGAUUGCUUUACGGGAGGUGGAAGCAUUUUUAUUAUUGCAACUGUAUCUCCAGGUGCAGCGUGUUACGGCGAAUCCGUUUCGACGCUUCGUUGGACGACCAGUGCGCGCUGUUUGCCAAUUGAUCGAAAGCUUGCUACUCCGCAUAUACUAUCUAAAGCGGUUAUCCAAGCUCAGUUCGAUCAGCUAUUAGCUGAUCUCGCUAACCACUUCAUUAUAUACAAACCAGAUACUGGACAACUGAUUUAUGAUGAUAAGCAUUGGGAGUUACAUUUAAAUAAAAGACGGAGCGUUUGCAAACAAGAAGCAAACAUAGGGAACAUAAUGAAUUUUGGAUAUCCGCAAACUGAUGCUCGUAAUUCAGAAUCGACACCAUCAUCGAUUGCAAGCGGUAGUUCAGAUAUCAUAAACAAUAUGGAUAAUAACGCUGAAAUAAGUAACGAAAUUAACAAAGAAAUCGAUAAGCUUUUUGGCCCUACUCUAGAAAGAACAAAAAGUGGGAGCGAUAUAGAAGUAGCUGCACCGCUAGAACAUAGAAAAAAACAAUUUAGAUCACAGGAAGCACUAUCUAAUGAAAAGGUAUUACAACCUAAUCAAAGUGAUCGUCUAUCUGAUGUUGACGUAGAUGAAACAAAUAAUGAAGAACAUAAAAAUAAAGAAGAUAAAGUGCCACAAGUAUCAAUUCUUUACGAUAAUCAAAGAGCAGAAAUCAUUGCUUCAGUAACAGAAAGACUGUAUUCCAAGCUUAAAAAGAACGAAACUCCUAAUAGUAUGGAUCCUGUAAAUGAUAAAAAACCACAGAAUGAACCUAAGGCCGUGCCACUAAAUGAAUUAAAAAUUUGUUCCAAUGCACGCCAACGUCUUAUGGAGAUAAGCAAAAAAGCAUUAAAGAAUAAAAGGAGAAUAGGAAUACCAGCACACACACAGACACGUAGAUUUGUAGUUCGCGUUAAAGAUCAAGGUAUCGACAUUCAGACCGAUCUUCAACCAUAUGUAAGUUAUGUAAACCAAGCAUGUAUUUUACAUCAAGACGCUUGUACUGAAACUACUCCUAUGACUCCAAGAUUAAAGGAAAAAGCAGUUGGACCUAAGUAUAGUAAUUUGAAUUUCUGUGACAGAACAACAAUAACUGAAAACACACAAGUGAUUCAUAGAAGUUUGUCAGUAAUGACGGACAUUCUGACAACAAGUGAUCAAUGUACUCAGACCCCCAUUAGACCACAUCCACCACCACCUAGACGUACCACAAAACGCACUUCUUUUUAUUCAAAAUAUUUAAGGAAAAUUCAAAAUACUAAAUCUAGUAUGGAUGGACAUAAUUCAUCUCCUAUAAUUAAUAUCAAUAUAUCUCCAGUAUUUCAAUCAGAUGCAGAAUCUCUUAGUUCUCCAGAAAUAAACGAAAAUACAACUGAAGUUGAUAGUGAAAAACAUAGUAAAACAACGACUCCGGAUUUAUUGACAAAUCACAACAAUAUAUUAACACAAAUGGAGGAAAUUGAAAUAAAUGAUAGAGACGAUCAAGUGAUACAACCAGCAGAUGAACCCGGUGUUGAAAAUAAUUAUAAUAUAAAGCAAGAAGCAAUUGGAUUAGACUUUUCUGAUGAAGAAGAAUUACCUUUGCCUCGUGUUGCAGUCGAUUCAAGCAGAAAGGUAGGUCAAAAGGACUAUAUUGAUUUAAUACUUGGCCGGAAUGAUGAUCUUUAUCCAUACAAUAUAAAACUAUCUCCUACCAAGCAAAGAGAUGAAACGAAAAGGGUUAUCCGAUUUAAAAAUGAUGACGUCUCCCCUGCAAAAUGUUCUACUGAAAAAUGGCAUACAAAUCUAAGGAAGAAAACCAAAUCAAAGAUUGACAAAAAAGAAAAUGAAUAUUCAAAUGAUUCAAACAGUGGUUCUGAGUUAUCAGAAAUGAGUGAAAAUAAUAGUUUUAUUUGGAAUAACACAAAUACAAGUGACAAAGGUUCUUUAACGGUAAAAUACUUAGAUGAUCAUUCUGAAUAUGAAACGAAACAAUUCAUAACGUGUUUAGGUUUAAAUAAUAAGGAUUAUUCCUUGUGUGAAAAGCAUUCACCACUUGAAAACCCAUGUUGGCUCGAUAAGAGUAAUGGAAAUGAAUUUAACAUAAAUAAACACAAACAAUACAAGAAAGAUAAUAAUUGUGGAAGAGAUAACUCGUUUGAUAAUGUUGAGAAGCAUAUUGAAAAAGCAUGUAGCAGUCUCGAAUUUUCAGUGAAUAAAUAUAACGAUUACUUAGUAGAAUAUAAAGAUAAAAAUAACAGUUACCGGUCAGAAAGCUAUAAGCCUACACCAACAAAAUAUUUACAACAUUUGAUAAAAUUAAGAAAGGCAGCUGUUGAAGCCGACCGUUUAAACUGAUUUAAAAAGUAAAUGUCUAUAGGAAUAGGUUAUGUAAAACGGGAUAUUAAGUCUCCCAACCACUUCUCCUUAAUUAAUAUUAGGUUUUCUUUCUACUUGUAAGUUAUGCAGAAA